UCUUUAUAUAAUUGAAGAGCUCCGUUUCGUCCGCCGAUCGCUGCAAACCCCAACUAGAAGGCGAAAGCCAUACGCUCCGCCUACGCCGCCACCUGCUUCUCCUCCUCUCCUUCUUAUUCUUCCUCCUCCUUCUCUUCCGCCUCCUCACUUCGCAACCCUAACCAUCUAGCCGCCGUUAUCGAGAUCAAAAACACGAACAAGAUCCCUUAUUUCUAUCGAUCUCAAAGCAAUCAAAUUGACAGCAGUGGAAGAAGCAAAGAUGAAGUUCAAGAUCGACGAUGUGACAGUGUACUUCCCCUACGAACAUAUCUAUCCGGAGCAGUAUGAGUACAUGGUGGAGCUGAAGCGCACCCUCGAUGCCCGCGGUCACUGCCUCCUCGAGAUGCCCACCGGCACCGGCAAGACCGUUGCCCUACUCUCCCUCAUCAUCAGCUAUUCCCUUUCCCGUGCCAGCAACCGUGGUCCGCUUAAGCUUAUCUACUGCACCCGAACCGUCCACGAAAUGGAGAAAAUCCUCGCCGAACUCCGCCUCUUCCUCUCCCACCUUCCCUCCGAACUUCGCAGCUCCCUCCUAGCUCUCGGACUAUCCUCUCGGAAGAACCUAUGCAUCAACCCCAUCGCACUCUCUGCAGCCUCCCGUGACUCCGUCGACUCCGCCUGUCGCCGCCUCACGGCCAGCUGGGUCCGGGCCUCCGCCGCCGAGAAUCCUGCCGUUCCUACCUGCGACUUCUUUGAAAGCUUCGACCGUGCCGCUUCCUCGUCUAAUGCGGCCGUCUUGCUUCCUGCCGGAGUGUACUCGCUCCAGGACCUCCGUGCAGUCGGUAGAGAAAGGGGAUGGUGCCCCUACUUCCUCGCGCGGCAGACCAUCCACCACGCCAAUGUCGUGGUCUAUAGUUACCAAUACUUACUGGACCCUAAGGUCGCUAGCAUUAUAUCCAAGGAGAUGCAGAAGGAGUGUGUCGUCGUGUUUGACGAGGCUCACAACAUCGACAAUGUGUGCAUCGAGGCUCUCAGUGUCAGCGUCCGAAGGCAGACACUAGACGGCGCAGCCAGAAAUCUCAACCGAAUGACUCAGGAGAUCGAUAGGUUUAAGGCAACAGAUGCUACCAGACUGCGUACAGAAUACAAUAGACUUUUGGAAGGACUAGCACAGAGAGGAAAUUUAGCUCUAACUGAUGCCUGGCUUGGGAACCCUGCCCUGCCUGAUGACAUUUUGAAGGAGGCUGUGCCUGGAAAUAUAAGGAGAGCUGAGCAUUUUCUCUCUGUUUUAAGAAGGCUGGUGCAAUAUCUGAAUGGUCGUUUGGAAACAGAAAAUGUUGAGACAGAAGGACCUGUUGCCUUUGUUGCUUCAGUGAAUUCCCAGGCUGGAAUUGAUCAGAAAAUGCUUAGAUUCUGCUAUGAUCGCUUGCACUCACUCAUGCUUACACUAGAAAUAACUGACACAGAUGAGUUCCUGCACAUUCAGACAGUUUGUGACUUUGCAACACUAAUUGGUACAUAUACACGGGGCUUCUCAAUAAUCAUUGAACCCUUUGAUCAGCGGAUGCCUCAUAUUCCUGACCCAGUAUUGCAGCUCAGCUGUCAUGACGCUUCUAUUGCAAUAAAGCCCAUCUUUGAUCGCUUUCAGUCAGUCAUAAUUACUUCUGGAACUCUAAGCCCUAUUGACCUAUAUCCUCGUCUCUUAAAUUUCAACCCAGUCAUAAGUAGAAGCUUUACUAUGUCUUUGACAAGGGAUUGCAUAUGCCCAAUGAUUCUAACCCGUGGAAGUGACCAGGCGCAAAUAACUACACAAUUUGGCAUUCGUACAGAUGAAGCAGUUGUGAGGAAUUAUGGAAAAUUAUUGCUGGAGAUGGUUUCUGCAGUUCCAGAUGGCAUUGUCUGUUUCUUUGUUAGUUACUCCUAUAUGGAUGGAAUCAUUAACAGUUGGAAUGAAAUGGGAAUUUUACAGGAUGUGAUGCAACAUAAGCUAGUAUUUAUUGAAACUCAAGAUGUAGUAGAGACUACACUGGCCCUCGAUAACUAUCGUAGAGCAUGUGAUUGUGGACGAGGGGCUGUAUUUCUCUCAGUUGCAAGGGGUAAAGUUGCUGAAGGUAUAGAUUUUGAUCGACACUAUGGAAGACUUGUUAUCAUGUUUGGGGUUCCUUUCCAGUACACACGGAGCAGAAUUUUGCUCGCUAGGUUAGAGUAUUUGCGUGAGACAUUCCAGAUAAAAGAGGGUGAUUUUCUUACUUUUGAUGCUUUGAGGCAAGCUGCACAAUGUGUUGGCCGUGUAAUUCGUUCAAAAGCAGAUUAUGGGAUGAUGAUAUUUGCUGAUCAAAGAUAUAACCGUCGUGAUAAACACUCUAAAUUGCCUGGUUGGAUUCUGUCACAUUUACGUGAUGCACAUCUUAAUCUUAGCACUGAUAUGGCUGUGCGCAUAGCACGAGAGUUCCUUCGAAGGAUGGCCCAACCUUACGAUAAGGCAGGCUGUGGGGGCAAGAAAACUCUCCUAACACAAGAAGACGUGGAAAGACUACCACAUGAUGCUAUGGAUUUGUUUUAGCUUUUCCAGCUUAUAUUUUUGCUUAUGCUCUUAGGAAGUGUUUGGUAGAACUUCUACUAAGUGCUUAUUAGCUUCUAGUUACAUGAAAAUACUUAUUAGCUUCUAGUUACAUGAAAUACUCAAGUGUCUGUGAAUAUGAAAUUCUAUUUCAGCUUCUAUAACUUUUAUUCAAAAGCUAAUGA